CAUUUGCAGGGGACGCAUGCGCGCAGGAGAAACCAACUGGUUUGUGUCAAGUCGAGGCAGACGGAUGUGAUCGAGCCAAAAAAUCACCUGUAUUCAUGCAUUCAUGGUGACACAUCCAUGGGCUCAGAGCGGCAGGAGAUGCGAAAGAGACAGAUGCAGGUUCAUCAGGAAGCAGCUGCCAGUGUCCUCCAAGCCCGCCACAGAAUGGGAAACACCCCCACCAACGCCUCAAACGCCUGCUGCUUCUGCUGGUGCUGCUGCUGUAGCUGCUCCUGUUUGACUGUUCGAAGUGAAGAUGAGACAGUUCAAAGAUCCGCUUUUGAUCGUAGGACAGAGGGAAUAACUAACUGUGAAGAAAGCCCUAAGCCCACCCUGGACGAUGCCCGCUCCUGGACCAUGUCAUUUGAGAGGGUGAUGAAAAGUGCGGCGGGUCGCGGCAGCUUCAGGCAGUUCCUGCGGACGGAGUUCAGCGAGGAGAACAUGAUGUUCUGGAUCGCCUGUGAGGAGCUGAAGAAGGAGACCAACAAGACUGUGGUGGAGGAGAAGGUCCGUCAAAUCUACGAGGACUUCAUCUCCAUCCUUUCCCCUAAAGAGGUGAGUUUGGAUUCUCGCGUCCGGGAGGUGAUCAACCGCAACAUGCUGGAGCCGACCUCGCACACGUUCGACGACGCCCAGCAGCAGAUCUACACGCUGAUGCAGAGAGACUCGUACCCCCGGUUCAUCAACUCGUCAGAGUACACGGAUCUGCUGAAGAGCCUGGAGGAGCCCCCCCCUGAGCCCUAG